AUGAUCAUCGUAAGCACCGUUGGCUACGGAGAUUUUGCGUUUAAGUCCUUAGGAGGUCGUAUUUUCGCAGCAUUUUGGAUUCUCUCAACUACCAUUUCAAUGGCUUGCUUGCUAAUGCGUUGGGCAGAGAUGAAAACGGAGAUGACCGAUAUCUUUCCUGCGUUACACGAGAUUCCGGCAAAUCUGGCGACUCAAAACGGAAACUUCGCUGAAGUCGCCAUGGCUUCCUCUCCUACUGAAAACGAGGUUGGAAUCGAGAUUGGAAUGCACGCGACGAGAAUGAGUCUGGCCAAUGAGGAUUGA